CAAAAUAAACCUGUUAAACUAAACUAGUAAUUCGUUUAGAUAAUAAAACGAAUGCUGAUGAAAUUUCCUCAUCGUUCUUGUUUAUCAUACUCUUGAUUAGUCGUUUGAAUAGUUUCGCAUUUCAAUCACCGGUAUGCUCCAUGCGACCCGGCAAGCGAAACUGGUAAUGGAUUAACCAAUAAACAACAUUACAAGCAGAUCCUUGAAGAUCUUAAUAUCAAAUCUUGAAGCUGUGACAAUGAAUGCUGCUAACUUUUCAAUAAGAAACAGUAGAUACCAUUUAUUAGAUAAAAACUUAGGGCAGUUAUGGCCAUCUCUUAAUACCUUCUGUUCCAAACUUUUCAAAUCCAGAAUCAAUAUUGGGAAAUUGCAUGAAUCUACAAAGACAAGCAAAACAAUUCGAAAGAAAAAGCCUCCUUGGAAUAUUCUAUUCUUUGGUUCUGAUGCAUUUUCUUUGGAAACUUCGAAAAAACUUAUUGAUAAUAUGAAUACAAGCCCCACCCCGACCGUGCAGUCUGUGGAAGUUGUUUGCAAGACUACGCAAUGUUUGGUGAAUAACUUUUCUGAAGAAAACCACCUCAAGCUAUAUUCAUGGCCAAUUGCUGUCAUGAAAAAUAAGUAUGAUCUUGGAGUCGUAGUGUCUUUUGGAUGUCUGAUUCCUGGAAAGAUUAUCCGAAUGUUUCCGCAUGGAAUACUCAAUGUCCAUGCAAGCCUUCUACCUCGGUGGCGUGGUGCAGCUCCUAUCAUCCAUACCAUACUGAAUGGAGACACAGUCACUGGUGUUUCAGUAAUGAAGAUCAGGCCUAAACAGUUUGACAUUGGUUCAAUACUUAACACAAAGAGUGUCCCUGUACCACAAGCUUGUACCUCAAUGCAACUACAGACUUUACUUGCCACAGAAGCUGCAGAAUUACUUCUGCAUACGUUGUCCCAAAUUCCAUUUCACGAAGACCAAGAGAAGGAGCAAGAACAAGCAAAUGUCACCUAUGCACAUAAACCCACCAAAGAGAUGAUGUACAUCAACUGGGCAGAGCAGACCUGUGAUAUGAUUGAUAGACAGUACCGAGCUUUCCAUGAAAGGGUCUAUUUGAAAACAAUUUGGGAUUGCAAGGUUGUGAAGUUAUUAGACAUGGUUGAUAAUGAAACCGCAAAAGCUUGAACAGCAGCUGAAACGAAGAUGUUGUUGAAGCUGCCUAUCAAAGAUGGUUAUAAGCGGUUCAUCAUUGAGCUGGCAGAUAUAGAUUAGAAAGAGAGAUAAACAAGUAAAGCAUCUGGCAUCACUUUAGAGCAUAUUAAUUUUUUUUAUUCAAACAUAAUUGCAGAGUAGUUAUAGUAAAUAAGGGAUUAAGAAAUAAUAUGUAAAGUUUCUCACAGUUGUUUCUAGAAUAGCUGAAUCUGUUGAUCAUAUAUCAUUGAGCAAAGGUUUCCAUGUGAGCCAACUAUUCCGUCUUUGGAGAGAAUAAAAUUAAGGAAUAUCUAAUAAAAGAUAUUAGUAGUUACCAGUUCAUUGAAGAAUUGAAGAACAUCUUUAGUGGAAGAUAAUAGUGGUUAGCACUUUCAUGAUUAGUGAAUUAAGGAAAUUUUUUUGUAAAAGAUAACUAGUUUGCAGUUUCAUUGUUGAAGGAUCAAGGAAGAGUCUUAGUAAAAGAUAAAAGGAGUCACUAGUUCCAUUUUUGAAGAGAAAGUUAACACAUGUCACAGGAGACUUUGUAAAUCUCAUAAAAUAACUUGCUGAUGAGUGUGGUGCUGAACUAAGACAAGCUGCUUAAAUGAUGAGUUAAUUUCUUAUCUGAUACCAUACAAAAUGAAAUCUUUGAGGCAUAUGCUCAUAACACCCUACAUGAGAUGAGAAAAAUGGUUGUUUAUUGGUAUUAUAUGUGAUUGCUCUGGCAUGAAACAAGGAUCAAUUAUUGUCAUCAUGUUUCUGAAAACCAGGAUAUCCACAAAGAUUUUCUCCUGACUACACUUCAGAGACACUAACUAACAUUAUUCUGGCUGUUUUUUGUUGUCUAAACAUUGAGCUGGGCUCAAAAUUAUGCUGCUUUUGCCUUUGAUGGUGCAUGUACCAUGAGUAGAAACAUUUCAGGCAUACAAAAGAGAUUAAAAGAUGCUUCCUGGUAUAUAUUAUACACUGCAGAAACCACUCUCUGGACCUUGUCCUCCACGAAGGUGGAUCUACAGUUGUCAUGGUCACUGAUGCAUUGAACUUUGUUUCCCAAAUCACCAUUCUUCUGAAAGCACUAUGGACAAGCCUUUGUGAUGAGGAUGUCAUCAUGUUGCAAGCCAGUGUCUGUUGCAUCAAGUAAAGGAAUGUUCGACACCCUUUGGUGUUUGAAGAUCUGACUCUGUACCACAAUGAUGCAACACCAUCUAACACACUGGGCUGUAAUGCAUGUACAUAAAAACUUGUGCAAUGAAAACACUUUGGAAAUCCUCUUGGAAAACAAGUGAGCAUAGAAAAAUUUUUAGAAUGAUUUGAAGCAU